CUCAAAGUAAAAUCCAAAAUGGCGGCGAAGGUUUUCACUUCGCCGCCUAAAAUCGAAAACUUCGUUUUGACAGAAAAGCUUGGCCAAGGUAGUUAUGCAACGGUUUAUAAAGCAUUUAGAAAGGGUCAUGACAGAGAUGUGGUGGCAAUCAAAUGUAUACAGAAAAGCACAUUAACCAAAUCAGCAACAGAAAAYCUGCUAACAGAAAUCGCUUUGCUCAAAAAACUYGAUCAUGAAUAUAUUGUCAAACUUAAAGACUUCCAGUGGGACGACAAGUACAUCUUUCUGAUAAUGGAGUUCUGUAGUGGAGGAGACUUGUCUAGGUUUAUUCAAGCCAAGAGAACAUUGCCUGAAUGGAUUGCAAGGAAAUUUCUAAGACAGCUAGCUUGUGCCUUGGCSUUCUUACAUGCUCACAACAUAGCACACAUGGACCUAAAACCACAGAAUCUCCUSUUGUCAUCAAGAUAUGAUCCAGUACUAAAGAUUGCAGAUUUUGGGUUUGCACAGUACCUUAACGACGAUGCACAGGCAGUGUCUAUCAGAGGUUCACCUCUGUACAUGGCGCCUGAAAUGAUCUGCAGCAACUCCUAUGAAGCUUCGGUAGAUUUAUGGUCAGUUGGAGUUAUUUUGUAUGAAACUCUAUUCGGUGAAGCACCAUUCAAAUCGAAAACAUUUUCAGAAUUGGAAGAAAAGAUAAGAUCUUCUGAAGCAAUUAAGCUUCCUACACAUAAGAAGGUAUCACCAGACUGCCAGGACAUUCUGUUAUCAUUGUUACAAAGGGAUCCCAAGCAAAGAUUAUCAUUUGAUGGUUUCUUUUCGCAUCCUUUUAUUGACAUGGAGCACAUGCCAUCACCACUUUGCCUCGAUAAAGCUGUAGCAUUAGUUAAAAAAGCUGUUGAAUUAGACCAUGAUAAACAGUUCAAAGAUGCUGCUCAAGCAUAUGCGGAGGCAAUGGAGUWCUUCUUACCUGCUAUAGAAUAUGAAAAUGAUCCAAAAAGAAAAGCAGCACUAAGGACAAGAGUCAAUGAAUACAUGAGUCGGGCUGAAGACUUGAAACAGCUCCUGAAGGCUUCUACACAGAGAGUACCAGGAAAAGACUAUACCAGCACUCCAGACCAGAUACUAGGAAAAUUUGCAAAAGAUAAUCCCCAACUUAGAGAUGCACUUCAACUUGCUGAAAUUGCAGAAGUCAGAGAUGAACAUGGUAAUUAUCGUGGUGCUCUGGAACAGUAUCAAGUAGCAUUAGAAAAUCUACUGCCGUUGCUGUCAGGUAUGCCAAAAGGUACUUUCAAGGACACUUUACGGACCGAGGUCGAUAGGUACAUGAAAAGAGCAGAGGAACUCAAAGCAUAYCUAAAGCUGAGUCAAAGACAAGCACUGGUUGAACAGCAACAAGAGGACGAUUCUUCUCGUAGUUGUGUGAUACAGUGAGGACGUGGGAAUAUGCUAUGAAAAACGAAGUGACGAAAGAUGAAUCAACCAAGGGAAGUACAGGGGUUGAGUUAGUGAUGAUAGCUCCGAAGUAUCGUCUGGUACUUGAAUUAAAAUCUAAAUAAAAAUUAAAAUGUAAAUACCCUAGAAAGUAGGAUGAAUCUUGAAGCUAAAGUUCACUAUUAAAAUUGCUGUUGUAUCUACUCCUAAAAGCUCCAAAUAUCUUUAAAAAGAUAUAAAAUCAAAUAUAAAUAAAGGAGAGUCUAAGCCGA